UUGCGCCAAUUGCGCACCUUUGACGUUCCUCAAUGGGCACGAAGAAAAUAAGCAAGUCAUGUGAUUUGUUCUCGUGACUUUUAUCGUCUACGCAUGUGGUUGUGGCUUAUGUGCAUUUUACCACAUACGCGGUGCAUAGCUCGAAAUUACUUCUCAGAGAACAAUCAAUAGAAGAAUUGAAUGAUUCGUGAGGGGAGUGGUCACCAUGGCUGAUGACUUGAAAAGAUACCUCUAUAAACAAUUGCAAAGUGUUGAAGAUCUUCACGCAAUCGUGGUUACAGACAGAGAUGGAGUCCCAAUUGUCAAAGUUGCCAAUGAUAAUGCUCCAGUUCAUGCUCUGAGACCAGGCUUCCUGUCCACGUUUGCUCUCGCAACAGAUCAAGGCAGCAAGUUGGGUCUCUCCAAAAAUAAGAGUAUUAUCUGCUACUACAACAGCUACCAGAUUGUACAGUUCAAUCGAUUACCUCUUGUGAUCAGUUUCAUCGCCAGCAGCAAUGCGAACACAGGUCUCAUCAUGAGUUUGGAGAAGGAGUUAGCUCCAGUAUUAUUUGAGCUGAGGCGGGUCGUAGAAGUGACAUAAAGUUUGACCAACCAUCAAAGCCUCAAGAGAGCCACAGAGGAGAACCCCCUUGUGUGUUUUUUUGGCAUACUCACUUAAACCAAGAUUGAACGUGUACACUCUGCUGUGUUGAAAACAAAUGUUUUAUCCUAAAUAUAAUACUGGAAGUUUGAAUAAAUGUUUGAUUUUAAUA